CUUUUUUUAUUUACUGCAAUAAUUUGUUUUAAUUCAUUUUUCUUCCACUAGGUGGCAGCAGAUGGCAAUACAACUUGUUAAAGAGGCUCAGCAGAGCUGUACCAGAAGAUCAACCAGCAGGCAUCGAGGGACACACACCCUCGAUGCCUGCUGGUAAAUCAGCGUCGGGUUCACAGACCACGUCCAGGUUCCACGUCGAUGAAGGUGUGGGCGGAGGAGCCACGACAGUGAUGUGUGUAUGAGACCAACACUCUGAGUGUCAUCACCAAAUGAACACAGCAGAGUGAGGCUUCGUUACGUUGUUAGACAAAGAGAACAUGUUCCUCUGUCAGUAAUCACUGAUCACUACUGAAGCGUGUCAGGUUUGCCAGAGUGGAGUAAAAGAUGAUGUUGUUGCAGCGUUCAUAAACACAGGCUUCAACACCUGGAAAGGAGGAAAUUGCCUUCUGCUCCGUCACAUGACCCUCAGACUGUUGUGAUUUUUACUCUACUUUACAUAUUUAUAUAUUCAUUUGCAUUGUCUGGAUGCAUCUGGGAUGAGUGAAGGAUAUAAAGAUUUUUUUUUAUAAAUUGAUUCAGUUUUUAUCAAUCCUCACAAAAUGUGUAUUUUUGUGGGAAAAAAGUCCUACUAUGUCAUGACAGAUUUUGUUAGUAUAUACUUUGUAGCCUUUUUUUUUAAUGUGUUUUUUUUGUAUAUGUAUGUGUAGGACAUAUAGGCUGAGGUGUCAAAUAUUCAUGGAACGGCUGAGAUAUAGUCAAAAAUGAUGGGGUUUUGUCAACAGUGUUAAAGGAUGAGCUAUAAAAAAUCUCACCAGAGGCUCAGAGUGUGUGUGUGUGUGUGUGUGUGUGUGGCUGAACGCGGGCUCAGUCGGCAGAUGAAGCUAUUGGCUGAAAGGCUUCAUGUCCCUGCGUACUGCUGAGGACUGCUGUGCUCAUAAACUGCCUUCAGACUGACUCCACUCUCACAUCCAACUGUGUGGGGCCAUGUCGCAGUACACGCUGGGAGUCCACCUGCAGAUCCUGCUGGCCGUGGGCCUGGCAGUCUUCUGCUACUGUCUGGUUCUUGGUUGUAUCCUCUGCUGUCGUCGGAGGAAGGGCGUUAAAUCCGACGACAAGGAGGCCGCUUCAGUCUCUCCCUCUCGUCCGACGUCCGAGAGCGUGACCGUGGCGUUGACUCUGUCCGCGUGCACACAGCCCGUGAAGCAACAGUACGAAGAGCUCGACGGAGACGUGUUGGAGUUCCCUUCGUCUAAAAGCAGCUCCUCUCCCUCAGAGGAUGACCUCACUUCUCUGCCCUUUGACCCCACCUCUACUGGGUCGGCCGAGCUCGUACAGCCCCCGGGCUCGUCCUUUCCCCUGCGACGCCUCAGUUCCCCAGCUGUUCCCGUGUCCCUCAGUAAACCUCAGAGUCACGGCAGAGCCUCCUUGCCCUCCAUCACUAAGAUGAGUCUCGUGUCCAAAUCCCGUCGGUCCACGGGUCGUCGCAGCACCGUGAGCACUGAAAGUUUCCUGUACGGGGAGAACAGUCGACUGACAGCGGCGGGCCGUCAGGACCAGCCAUGUGACUCACAGUAUGGCGCCAACGCUCCCUCCAUCCACCCGAAGGCCACUCCUCUGCUGCACUUCUCCCUGCUCUUCUCCUCCGUCUAUGGCACCCUGGUGGUCAACAUCCUGGGGCUCUUUGGGGCCAGUCGAAGACGCAGCGGGGUGUCUGUCAGAGUCAGCCUCCCGCCUCUCUGCCCCACCCCUCAGCAGAUCGCCUCUCGACGCCGCAGCUUCAGCCCGGACCUCCAGAGCCAGAGCUUUGUGCUGCAGGUGGGCUCCGCGGAGGAACUGCGCCGGUGCACGCUGAGACUGGCCGUCUUCAGCAGGGAGUUCUCGGGCCUCAGAGAGGCCGCUCUGGGGGAGGUGGAGCUGCCGUGUGAGCAGAUGGACUGGCAGCCCGACGUCACCACCACGUACACCAGGCAGCUCAGUCCGACCAAAACCAAACUGAAAAAGAGUGUAAGUUCCCAGGAAACACUGGAUCACAGAAAAACCUCAGUGGCCACGCCCCGGCCUUUGGGCCAACUGUUCAUCCUGCUGCAGUACCAGACACUGGCCCAGCGGGUCAAGGUGAUGGUUCGGAAGGCUGAGAAUCUGGCCAAGCUCACACGGAUCCCAGGAGCUGCAGAUCACUACGUCGUCAUUAACCUGCGACAGGACGGGAAAGUCAUCUGCACCAAGGAGACCAAAGGCGUGAGUGGACCGAACCCGGUCUGGAACGCUCCCUUCCUCUUCGACCUGCCCGCUGGUGACAUCACCAAACUGCCUCUGGUUUUUGAAUUCAUCAUCAUGCAGGGUCGUCUCUACACGAAGAGCAGCAUUUUGGGGUGCGUGUCGAUCGGCAGUGCUGCUCCUGAGACAGGGAAGACUCACUGGGAGGAGAUGUGCAGCCGGGGUCAGGUAGAAACCGCUCGCUGGCACACCAUCCAAUCAGAUUUGCCGUGAGAAGUGUCCAGGAUGUGUAUCUGUGAUGUGGUACCAGAACUUCCUGUUGAAUUAUACACAGUAUUCUCCGCUGUCAUGGAAAAGUUAUUCUUUUGUUAUAUCUCAACACUCUGUGUCAGUGUCAAUGUUAGCAGGACGUGUAGCUGUAAACACUAUAAAAAAAACAAAACAAAAAUAAAACACACUUAUCUGUAUCACAGUGGUAUUCUGAAUUACUGUGCCGGGAUUUACAUUGUUAUUUAUGACUGUUUGCAGUUUGUUUUGUUGUUGUAGUCAAGUUGUGCUGUGGCCACAGGCAAUAAAUGCUGAUGUUCAAUAGAG